GUGCUCUGACGACCAGCAAGCCGAUGUACUCCAGUGGUGUUGCCAGGGCGUUCACCACGUCGAGAUUUGCUCUUAAUGACUCGAAGAAGAACAAGCAGGAGCCAAAGUCGAUCUUGGACGAUGACAUGCUGUUUAAGGCCGGUGUUGACGUUGAGAGCGAGCCAAGUGCUAAAGCACAAGGCGAGUCGUCCGGUGCUGACGGAGCUGAAGGCUCUGAAGGUGAGCAGGCGCAGAAGAAGAGACGCUCUGUGCAGAGCUCCACGGAUAAGAAGAGAGAGAGAGCUGCGAACCUGUUUUAUCUGGGGUUCUUCGCCACUGGGUUAGGUGGAGCUGCGUACCUUGCCAGAAACUGGGAGGAGGAUGAGGAUCCAAAGAUCAAAGAGGACAUUCCAAACGGUUACUCUGCUGAUUUGUUGUGGAAGAGACUGAGAGCAAGAUUCAACUCAAUCUUCACCUACUUCCAGGAGCCUCCAUUCCCAGAUCUCUUGCCAGACUCGCCACCAGAGCCUUACAAGCGUCCUCUGACGCUUGUGCUCACUUUGGAAGACCUGUUGAUCCACAGUGAAUGGUCCCAGAAGAACGGCUGGAGAACUGCAAAGAGACCAGGUGUCGAUUACUUCUUGGCUUACCUAUCCCAGUACUAUGAGAUUGUUCUCUUCAGUUCAAACUACAUGAUGUACUCUGAAAAGAUUGUUGAGAAGUUGGACCCACUUCGUGCUUACAUCUCAUACCAGUUGUACAAAGAACACUGCUUGUACAAAGAUGGUGCCCAUAUUAAGGACCUGUCGAAAUUGAACAGAGAUAUUUCUAAGGUUGUCAUUGUCGACGUUAGUGACGACUCCAUCAAGCUACAACCUGAGAAUGCCAUUAAGUUGCCACCUUGGGAGGGACAAGCUGAUGAUGAGUUGAUCAAGUUGAUUCCAUUCUUUGAGUACUUGGCCACUCAACAGAUCAAGGAUGUUAGACCUGUCUUGGCUUCUUUCCACGAUAAAUCUCACAUUCCGGAGGAAUUUGAACAAAGAGUUGAAAAGCUGCGUGCUGAAUUUGAAAAGGACCAAGAGAAGAAGGCUUCUACAAAUUUCUUGAACAAGCUAUUAGGUUUGCCAGUGAUGAAGCAGAAGUUCCCAUUGGAUGCAAUUCAUGAUGAAGGUAUCAAGAACUAUCAACACUUCUUGAAAUUGAUUAAAGAGGAAGAGGCUAAACUCAAAGCACAAGCUGAGAUGCCAAAGGAAACCUUCAAGAUUAAGGAUUUAGUCGAAGGUAACAUCCCAAGUCAAGAAGAGAUGAUGAAGAGACAGUUGGAGAAGCAAGCUGAAUUUGAAAGACAACAACAACAAGCUACUGUUAAGGCAUAAGAAAAGAGACAUGACGUAUGAAUUGUUUGUUUGAUUGAUUGCUUUUUCCCCCAGGGGUUUCUCCUAUGUAUGUAAAAGAUACAAAGAAUUUUCCAUGUAUAUAAUUAGAAAGGCUCUGCUCGUAAAACGCUUCUUCUUUGUAACAAUUCAGAUGAUAUCCUCCUCAUCGUUGUCCUCAAGGACGUGACCAUGAGCUUUGAAGUUCUCUGGUGGCUCAAUGCUUGGGAUGAACUCAAGUACAGCGUACACAAUACCAAUAACAACGAUGAGAAAUCCAAACACGAUUCUAAUGGCAUUGCCCCCUUGUGCUAUCAAGACACCAAUCAGGACAUAGAAAACACCACGCCCUAAGAACGAGAAGAGGAAA